CAUAAAACCGCCCGCCCGCCUCUGUCUAUUUACUCUUCCGUUGUUUAAAAUUGGGCUUUUAUGUGCAAUGUUUAUUUCUUUAAGAUUUCAUUUCAUUAACUUAUUGUGACCUUAGUGUUAUUAUCAAGAAAUUGUGUUAGAAAUAGAUAUACAUUAUAAUUUGAUUUGAUUUUUCUGACCUUCGAAGUUAACCCAAAACUAAUGUCGCCAUUUUGACCAUACAAAUCGAGUUUAGUAGGUAUUGUUAUUUUGUUUGGUCAUCAACAAAUGUUUAAAUGCUACAUUAGUGAAUUACGUAAAUGGAUGUACAUUUACGAAGAAUACGGAGAAAAUGUCUCAGACGAAUAGUACUGUAAAUUUUCUUAUACAUGACGCUAAUGGGCAUCCUCAGAUGGUAAAAGUUGUUCAAAAUACAAAUAAUCAGUCACUUGCUCAACUUAAAAUUAAACCUAAUCCUGUCAAAAUUAUAAAACUGCCAGCAUCAGCUGAAGGAAUCAAUAAGACAUCAGUGUAUCGGGCAGUAAAGUUGACUGGAAUCAAAUGUGCAUCAAAGUUUUUACAAGUUGACAAUUUACCAAACUUACAAACAAUUAAGGUUGAACCUACGGACCCUGAAGAAGAAAAUCAGGUACAACCCAAAUCAUUGUCAGAGCUGAAAUAUAUACAGACUGUGCCAGACCUAAGUACUUUACCAACAAAGUCUGAUAAUUUAGUAACAAGUACUAGCACUGUUAAUAGUUUGUCUCCAGUGAUGUCUCAUGCUUCAAGAAGGAGACAUGAUUCUGAUAAUGAUCCCCCAGCAGAAUACACCACAAAGAGACGUAAGCAUGCAGACAAAGUUGGCAAGGGAUUAAGGCAUUUUUCAAUGAAAGUUUGUGAAAAAGUCAGAAAUAAAGGCUUCACUUCAUACAAUGAAGUUGCAGAUGAAUUAGUGCUCGAAUUUGCAGCAGGGAUGCAUGGUUCAGCAGAUAGCCAACAAUAUGAUCAAAAGAAUAUACGUAGAAGAGUAUAUGAUGCAUUAAAUGUUUUAAUGGCAAUGAAUAUAAUAUCUAAAGAAAAGAAAGAAAUCAGAUGGCUUGGACUACCCACAAAUAGUGUACAGGAAUGUACUGCACUGGAAAAAGAAAAACAGGCUAAGUUAGAGCAAAUACAGAAGAAGACUCAACAAUUACAAGAACUAAUAUUACAGCACAUUUCAUUUAAGAGUUUAAUAGAGAGGAAUAAAGAAGCUGAGAGCAAAGGAGUGAAGCCAUCUCCAUCGUCAGCUAUCCAUUUGCCAUUCAUUGUUGUGAAUACUAGUGAUAAGGCUUUAAUUGACUGCAGUAUUUCUAAUGAUAAGACCGAAUACAUGUUCAACUUCAACAAACGGUUCCAAAUACAUGAUGACAUUGAUAUUUUAAAAAGAAUGGGUUUGCUAUUUGGUUUAGAUAAAGGUGAAUGUUCAGAAGAGGACAUAGAAAAGGCAAAGAGUAUGGUUCCAAAAUCUCUAAAGACAUAUGUAGAACAAAUGGGCAGAGGAGUAAUUACAAAAUUGUCGACAAUGCUGGAGGAAGGUGACCUCGAGGACGAAGGUGGUGAGGAGGAUGACGCGAUUGAAGGAGAGGCAGAAGCAGAUGAGGAACAAGAAGAAGCGGAGGGUAAUGAGUACAGCGACGACAGUAGCGAUGUCGACGUGUAGCUAGCGAUGCGUCAUUUACGCCGAGCUACACCUUUAUAACUAUUUUGUUUAUAUUACCUAGGUGUUACUGUUGCAUGUGGGCUAAGUUUAUGUAAUAUGCCACACAAGUUCAAACAUUAUAUUAGCUUAAAACAUAUUUUGACACAAUGUAAUAAUUUAAUAUUAUAUUUAAAACAAUUCCAAUAAUACAAAUUGACUUUAAUAGUAUCAUUUUUGUUUAUUAUUCUUUCAUUGCCAGUAUAUUAGUUACUUAUCAUUGUGUUUUCCAAGUUUGUAGAUCUUUUUGUAUAAGAUAACAGUAUUAGGUGAUGAUUAGGAACUAAGAGAUGAAACUAAAUUUUGCUCUUCAGUUUAACUAGUCUCAAUUUGUUUAUGAUCUCAAGUAUCGUUUCAUCUAAAAGCUUUUCCUUUUGAGAAAAUAUUUUUGUAACAUGAUUGUGCAAUUGGUAUAUUAUUUGUCUGUGAAUUUUGCUCUUGUAAUAGAUUGAUGAAUUUUGUUCAUCAAUUUAUAAAUUAUCUGUGUAUCUGAAACCUAUAUAAAGAGAUGACAUGGACAUCCUUUGUUCUGUUAUUUCUUGAGACUUUUAUUUGAAAUGGAAUUGUUUUAAUGAUAAGUGAAAUAAAUGUCAAUAAAAUUAUAA